AUGGGAGCCACCCCAUUCACCAAAAAGGUCUUGCGAUUCAGGUUACCAAAAGGAUUCGAUAAAUCAACCGACAUGAAGUACAAUAGCAUUGAGAACCCCCAGGAACACAUAAUGACUUUUGAGGCAACGAUGAACUUGGAAGGCAUCGUCAACGUUGUCCGAUGCCAGGCUUUCUCGAUAACUCCAGCUGGCACGGCCAUCAAGUGGUUCAACAUGCUUUCGAACGGCUCGAUUUCUUGCUUUGACGAUAUCUCUAAGAAAUUUCUGGCACAAUUCACCACCCGAAUAGCCAAAGCAAAGUACCCGAUCAGCCUCCUAGGCAUCACUCAACACCCGGAUGAGUCUACAAAAAAAUAUCUUGAUAGAUUCAACGACGAAUGCCUAAACAGACUAACCAGUUCGGUGGCUAGCCUGUGCCUAACUAAUGGCCUGAUAAAUGAGGACUUUCGGAAGCACCUCACAACGAAGCUUGUUUGA